AUGCACAUCCCGUCAGAGGUAACCGGUGAAAUCGGCAAGGCAGUUGCCUUGCCCUGCACAUUCACACACCCACAGAACACCAACGACCAGACCCUGACAGCCAUUUGGCGGGUCAAGGAGCCUUUCAACGGAGCCGUUGUUUUCAAGUGUGUUUCCCACAGCUCAAGCGACCCCUGCAAAACCACCGUCGGCUCGGAGGGCAGAUACAAGCUCCUGGGGAACCCGAGGCAGAACAACCUCUCGCUCCAGAUCAACAGCCUGACGUGGAACGACAAGAACAGAUACUUCUGCCGGGUCGAGUUCUCUGGGGAUUUCCACGACAAGUAUGAGAGCAGGAUGGGACUCAGGCUCCAUCUCAUCGGUGAGAGGAACGUCAGAUCCAAUAGAGAGGGGAGGGAGAAGAGCUGGAAAUGGAUGGACAGUGUGAAAGGUUGGCAUAGAGGUUGGCACUCAGUGAGGUCCAAACCCAGCAGUGGCAUCCACAGUCUAUUGCCUCUGUUCCUGUUCAACGUCCUGCCCAUUCGCCUGCCCAUUUUGGGGCAAGGGAGGAGGGCAAUAUGAAAGAAGCAGGCUUGGCAGCGACUGUCCUGCUUUGUGGUAAGCAGGGCGGGUCCCAAACUGAGUGAAAGGCAGGGUGGUAAUAAUAAUAAUAAUAAUAAUAAUAAUAAUAAUAAUAAUAAUAAUUUAUUAUUUAUACCCCGCCCAUCUGGCUGAGUCUCCCCAGCCACUCUGGGCGGCUCCCAAUCAAGUGUUAAAAACAAUACAGCAUUAAAUAUUAAAAACUUCCCUGAACAGGGCUGCCUUCAGAUGUCUUUUAAAGAUAAGAUAGCUGCUUAUUUCCUUCACAUCUGAAGGGAGGGCGUUCCACAGGGCGGGCGCCACCACUGAGAAGGCCCUCUGUCUGGUUCCCUGUAACCUCACUUCUCGCAAUGAGGGAACCACCAGAAGGCCCUUGGUGCUUGAUCUCAGUGUCCGGGCAGAACGAUGGGGGUGGAGACGCUCCUUCAGGUAUACAGGACCGAGGCCGUUUAGGGCUUUAAAGGUCAGCACCAACACUUUGAAUGCUGCAAACCCAAAAGUAGAUGUUUUGGUUUGGGAAAUUUGCCUUGGAAGCAGAACAUGUCCCGCAUGCAUUACAGUAUUUUAAUAUUUUGUUGGAAGCCGGCCAGGGGGGCUGGGGAAGCCCAGCCAAAUGGGCAGGGUAUAAAUAAUAAAUUAUAUUAGUAGUAGUAGUAGUAGUUCAUAAAUUAAGCUGUUCUUAAACCGAGGUACCACUGUAUUUGCAUUGUGUUCAUAUUUUGGGACUUUCUGCAGCUCCCCCCAGGAUCGUUAACAUCUCCGUCCAGACCAGCCAGGACCACGCUUUCCACGCAAAGUGCACAGCCGAAGGGGAGCCUCUGCCCACCCUGACGUGGGCCGGUCCUCCCUCCGACAACAUCACCUCGGCUUCAACUGCAGCCCACCAGAUAACCAAGGAACUUCAGCGCCUGACACACGAUGGGAAAUACACCUGCACAGCUGUUAACAGCUUGGGAAGAGCAGAGGGGGCCGUAUACUUCUAUAAAUUCAGAGCUGGGGGCAGCUCCUGGGUCCUGGUCCUCUUGUUUGCCGCCUUGGGGAUUAAGAUGCUGGCGCUGGUGGCGAUACUGGGGUUUGGCGCUUUCUGGAAGAGAGGUAGGUGCAUGUUUCUGUUGCGUUGUCAAUCACUCAGAGAUGCUUCCUAAUUAAACAAAGCAUAGCUGUCAACUUACAGAUUUGAAAAUAAGGGACCAGCAGCCUUGAAAAUAAGGGACCAGCAGCCAAAAUAAGGGACCUGCAGCCUCACCUGUUCCAGGCACUCCAGUCUUCCUGUCCUCCUGCAGUCUGGUCAAACUCAUGCUGGUAGCUUCGAGAACACUGUCCAACCAACUUUGUAACCAGAGGUUCAACUGAAUAGAAUCUGAAUCACAUUGACCACAAGGCCUAUGCAGCCUCAACGUAAGAUGGCUCCCCAGCCUGGCUUUGCACUGCAAAGUUUGCAGCAGCACGUGCAACAAAAUGGCGUCCAGCAUUCAAAAACCCCCUCAGCUUGCAUUAACUAGCCACACACAAGGCAUGCAAGCUCCACACACACCCCAGUCGUUCUUAGACUUCUUAUUGGGUGAGCAACACAGCCAAGCAACACAGUUGGAGCCUCCCUCCUUCCUGGCGGACAGGGAGGGAGGGAGAGGAGCUGCUUCCUUUGAAAUUUAAGGAACAUCAUUUAAGGGACAUCCAUCAAUAAGGGACAGCAGCAGGACAUGGCGCUGGAAUAAGGGACUGUCCCUUCAAAUAAGGGACACUUGACAGCUAUGAAACAAAGCAAUACCGCCUCUCCUGGUAUGCCCUGUGGAGGACCUUAAGGUCCACAAAUGACAACAUUUUGGAGGUCCCAAGUCGCAAGGUGGUUAGAUUGGUCUCAACUAGGGCCAGGGGCUUUUCAGCACUGGCCCCGACUUGGUGGAACGCUCUGUCACAAGAGACUAGGGCCCUGCGGGACUUGACAUCUUUCCACAGGGCCUGCAAGACAGAGCUGUCUUGGCCUUUGGUUUGGACUCAGUCUGACUAUUAGGUUUGGACCUGGCCUUUGGUUUGGACUCAGUCUGACCCUUAGGUUUCCCUCCCCUUAUGGUCUUGAUCUAUCGGCUACUUUUAAAAUGAGGCUGAAUUUUAAAUUGUAUUUUUAAUUGUCCCCCCCCCCCCAUUAUGUUUUUAUUGUAAUUUUACUGGUGUUAGCCGCCCUGAGCCCGGCUCUGGCCGGGGAGGGCGGGGUAUAAAUAAAAAUUUAUUAUUAUUAUUAAUAAUAAUAGUAGUGGUGGUGGUAGUAGCAGGAACAACAGCGGUAUUCAUUGAGAAACCAAAGGGGAUGAAAAUCUAGAUCCGGUUUCACAUUCCAGUUUUGCAGCCUGGAUUUGCAGAGGGAGCACUGGUUUUUAUAUAUUUGCACCAUCAGCAUGCAUGGUGUUUUAUGUCGUCAACUUGAUCAUUUUGAUCACUUUUAACCCAUACGUGCAUUUAGGCCCCAUUUCUUUUUUUUUAAAUUGCACUAUAUUCAAAAGAUGUGUGCUGCUGCUGUUAGGACCCAUUUUAGAUCAGGCCAGCUGAAGACCAAUGCUAUAGAACAGAGUUUCACAAACUUGGAUCUCCAGCUGUUGUUGGACUACAACUCCCAUCAUCCCUCCCAGAGGGAUGAUGGGAAUUGUAGUCCCAAAACCGCUGGAGACCAAAGUUUGGGAAAACCCUGAUUUAGCAUACAGAAGGUCAAGCCCUCGUCCUGAGGAGCUUAUGGUCUAAAAUUCAACAUGCAGAAGCAGCCUUCAGGGUGCGAAUUGCAGACCUUGUGGGACUCCGUUUCCCAUCAGCCCCAACCAGCACGGCUAAUGGUCAGAGACAAUGGAUGCUGGAGAGUCCAACACCAGGUAGAGUAAACCAGGUUGGGGGAAGGUUGCGCUGUACAAAGGAACACUGAGCUCCUCAAUAAGGAAGCUAUCCCUGUGCAUGGACAACUGGUGUGUUAAGGAGAAGACUAGGCUACAAAGAGGGGGGAAACCCUGGUCCUGACAUCUAGUUUUCUCCAUGCAGGGAACCUUUGUGCAGAGGAGCAUUCAAUCUGCCGACCCCCACAAGCAGCUUGAAAUACUAUGGCCCAGACACAGGUCUAUUGUUUCAGUAAGAACCAGGUCUUGGUCUAUCAAGGACUUGGGCUUUUGCUGGCUCUCCAGUGUCUGUUCACUUGAACAUUACACAACAGAGCCAGUGUGGAGUAGUGGUUAAGAGCAGUGGACUCGUAAUCUGGUGAACCGGGUUAGAUUCCCUGCUCCUCCACAUGCAGCUGCUGGGUGACCUUGGGCUAGUCACACUUCUCUGAAGUCUCUCAGCCUCACUCACCUCACAGAGUGUUGUGGGGGAGGAAGGGAAAGGAGAAGGUUAGCCGUUUUGAGACUCCUUCAGGUAGUGAUAAAGUGGUUUAUCAAAUCCAAACUCCUCCUCCUCCUCCUCCUCCUCCUCCUCCUCCUACUACUACUCUUCUUCUUCUUCAAUGCAGUAAGAAAACUGAUACACCUUUAUCUUUAUUUUUUGUCUCUUGCAUCAAAUCACAGACAACUUGAUGGCUCCAACCGGCCUAUCACGGUAAGAAAUUCUUACAUCUCAGCUUCAAAUUGGGUCAGCAGGUCUGAGUGGGUGCCAGAAGCUAGAGCAGGCUUGCUCAAACUUGGCCCUCCAGAUGCUUUGAGACUACAAUUCCCAUCAUCCCUGACUACUGGUCCUGCUAGCUAGGGAUCAUGGGAGUUGUAGGCCAAAAACAUCUGGAGGGCUGAGUUUGAAGAAGCCUGAACUAUAGGAAGGGUUUCAUGGGCUUGCUUGGCCAUCGUGCCAAUUCCCAAUAUGCUGGCCUUCCAGAUACACUGGAUUUCCACAUGCAGGCUUGUUCUUCGUUGACAGAGUGCUGGGACAUACCGUCUGCUCCCUUUGCCUCCCACCAGCUGGCAUACAAAACUAUACGGUGCUCUGGUAGGUCUUUCACAAUUUUUUAUCUGGCAAAACUUACAGUAGAAGUGGAAUCUCAGCCCAACUCUCAGAAGUGCAUGAAUAGCCACUAAGGCAGAAACUUUACAGCCUACUUCCACCAUCCUCUACACUAAAGGUAAAGGGGCCCCUGACCAUUAGGUCCAAUUGUGGCCGACUCUGGGGUUGCAGCGCUCAUCUUGCUUUAUUGGCCGAGGGAGCCGGUGUACAGCCUCCAGGUCAUGUGGCCAGCAUGACUAAGCCGAUUCUGGCAAACCAGAGCAGCGCACGGAAACGCCGUUUACCUUCCCGCCGGAGUGGUACCUAUAUAUCUACUUGCACUUUGAUGCGCUUUCAAACUGCAAGGUUGGCAGGAGCAGGGACUCAGCAAUGGGAGCUCACCCCGUCGGGGGGAUUCGAACCGCCGACGUUCUGAUCAGCAAGUCCUAGGCUCUGUGGUUUAACCCACAGCUCCACCCCACGGGGCAGUAAAGAGAAAGGCAAAGUGGGAUUAAACAAGGCAAAACCCCAGAUAACACCUGAGGAGGAAACCCGAAAGCAGAGCCCUGAAACAAACGUAAUAACGGAAGUAACAUCUCAGAGCCCUGGACGGAAAUCAAUUAGAAAUACGGGUAUUAAAGAGGGCGUGGCCCACAAUAUUGAUGGUGACAUACUAGAGGACUGGCAAGUUCCAAUCCAGAAAAAAAGACUGGAACUUGAUACUAAUCCCUCAAAAACUUGUGUUUGUUAACUACCCAAAACCGAAGGGUUUCCUCUCAUGGAUGGAUCGCAUAAUGCAUUUCCUGAACAUCCUGAAUGAUAUGUUGCCAGGAGUGGUAAAGCCAAAAAAUAUUGCUUCUAUGGAGUACGUACACUAGGAUGGUUACUCGGUACGAGCAAUGAUCACCUUUCAAGAUCAAAAUUUGGCCAAAUUUAUCCACAGAUCAAGACAUCUAUUCUUAAAGGAAAGGAUAACAAUACUAAGAUUCUUUGAAAAUAGGGUACCAUUGAUCCCCCUUUUUGAUGCCAAGUGUGAUAAACCAAUGGUAGAAGGAAUAGCCACUAAAAAGCACGAGCUAUUUUUUAAGGAGUUUUUGUCAUAAGGAACUACUGCAGGACGUGGACACAGAGUGGGAAAGUGGGGCAAAGAUCCGUGGGAUAGAAGACGCUGCCUUUUAAAUAGGUCAGACAGACCAUUUCAGCAUCUAGCCCACUACUGCCCACUAUGACUGGGAGAGUCUCUAGCAAAGAAGGGCUUUCCCAUCACCUGUUUCCUGGUCAUUAUUUUUCCUGGCAAGGAAGGAAUUAUGCCAGAUUAGGACAUUCCACUCUCAUUCAUUCCGCCCAUCAACAAAAGCGCGCACACACACACAGAGAGAGAGAGAGAGAGAGAGAGAGAGAGAGAGAGAGAGAGAGAGAAUCAUUUCUGAACCAUUAGCAGACACAUCACCUUUCAACUUUGUUUCUGCCCAACUUCAAAGUGCAGAAUAUUUGAGAAUUUGGGCAGAGGAGAAGAGUCAGCGGUUUUCAGCAUGACUUAGCAGUUUCCCUCCAACCCGCUUAAUUUAGAUUGCAAUUAUAAGAACAUAAGAACAGCCCUGUUCCAGUAGCCGAGUAGCCCAUCGAGGUCAGUUCUCACAGUAAACCAGCGAAGACCACAAACAGGACCUGACAGCAGAGGCACUCUUCCCUAUCUCUGUCCUUGGUCAACCGAUGGCCUACAUUUUGAGGUGCCCACUUUCAAACAGUGUUUUUUUGCUUUUUUCCUUCAUUGUCUGGCAUGAGCACACAAACAAACCCAUUUAUUUCUUUAAAAAUAGAGGGUAGCAGUUGACGCUACACAAGAUGGCAGAGACAGAGGGCCUUUGAGAGAGCUGAAAGCAGUGAGAGACGUAUCACUUUGUUCCCCGUAAUGCUUCUUCGUUUCUGCUGCGGAAACCCAGGUUUGGCGGAAUUUAGAAACAGAGCUUUGCCAAACCUGUUUGCGGGAGAUGAAAUUGAGAAGAGCGUUCUUCCCAACUACUCUCAGCUCUAAGGACAUAAUUGACGUAGGAAGCUGCCCUAUGAUGUAUCAGAUCCACCAGUCCAUCCGGCAGCAGCUGUCUGGGGUCUGAGACCCAGUCUCUCUCCUAGCCUUACUUGGGGACUGAUCCUGAGACCUUCUUGCAUGCAAGGCAGAUGUGCUCCUUCUGAGCUACAGCCCUGCCCCAGUUCCCUGUCUCUUGCCACAGGUGGUUUGAAAACAGGGUUGAGGGAUCUAUGGCCUUCCUGAAGUUGCAGCUCCCGCCAUUCGUGACCACUGGACACAGUAAAUUGGACUGGGGGAGUCCGGGAACAUCUAGAGUGCCACAGGUUCCCUCACCCAGCAGUUUCCCAAACUUUGGUCUUCAGCUACAACUCCCACCAUUCCUAGCUAGAAGGACCAGUGGUGAGGGAUGAUGAGAUUUGUGGUCCAAAAACAGCUGGAGACCCAAGUUUGGGAAACAUAAAAAGGUAAAGUAAAGGGACCCCUGACCAUUAGGUCCAGUCGUGGCCGACUCUGGGGUUGCAGUGCUCAUCUCGCUUUAUUGGCCGAGGGAGCCGGCGUACAGCUUCCGGGUCAUGUGGCCAGCAUGACUAAGCCGCUUCUGGCGAACCAGAGCAGCGCACAGAAACGCCAUUUACCUUCCCACCGGAGCGGUACCUAUUUAUCUACUUGCACUUUGACGUGCUUUCAAACUGUUAGGUUGGCAGGAGCAGGGACCGAGCAACGGGAGCUCACCCUGUCGUGGGGAUUCGAACCGCCGACCUUCUGAUUGGCAAGCCAUAGGCUCUGUGGUUUAACACACAGCGCCACCCGCGUCCCUUUGGGAGACAUAGGAUUAGACAAAACCUUGGCACUAUAGCAAGCAAGCUUCACCAGUUCACUGAUCUGGAUGGAUCAAAGUCGUUGUUUUCAUGGCAACAUCUUUCGCCGAUUAAAACCUUUCAGGCAUGAUCCAGCCAAAGCUCACUGCCUUUUUCCAUUGGGGAGUUAACUUGCAACCUAGAAGUUCAUUAAAUUCAGUGGAGUUUAAUUUGGAGUAGAAUCCACAGGGUUGCUCAACAGGACAUAAAAAUAGGGGGGGGAAUCAAAUGGAUUUAGAGUUGAUGUUCUUCUGUUUUAAGCAGUUGGGCUUUCUUUGUUGUAAACGACCUAAAAGUGUUUGGAUUUUUAAAAAAGAUUGUUAUAUAAAUUGUGUUAAAAUAAAUAAUCGAUUUCUGCCAUGGCCUGCUUCCCGCUUCUUGGAAAUUAUGUUGUUGACUCUUUUCACCGGCAGGCAAGCCAUGCAAGAUUCUCCAUACGAAAACCUCAACCGCAGGAUCAACUCCAUAAGUCAAAGCCUGCCCGAGUGA